AUGAGAUUAUCCCUGAGCAUCGCAGCCUUCACCCUCAUCACCUCGGUGGCUACCCUUCCCUCCGAAGUCAUUCCACGAGGCGAGCCGCAAUUUCCGCUGCUCGAUUCUGAGAUGACAAUCAAAGAGGCUGCACGCAAAUGUGGCGACAAAGCGCAGCUCUCGUGCUGCGGCAAAGCCGUCAAAGCUGGCGAUCUUACCUCAGCCGACGAGGGAAUUGGCGCUGGACUUUUGAGCAACCUCGCCGGGGGUGGUUCAGGAGAUAGCGGCAUUUUGGCUUUUGAUCAAUGCUCCAAGUUGGAUGUGCAAAUUACUAUUCUUAUUCUACCUAUCCAAGAUCUGCUCAACCAGCACUGCAAGCAGAAUGUGGCUUGUUGUCAGACAAACGCCGCUGAUGCGUCUUCGUCUGGUAUCGCUGCGAGCCUGCCGUGCAUUGCUUUGGGAUCUAUUGCGUAA